AUGUCGAAGAGCCCCAGAAAGUUUUCGACACCCGUUAAAUGGGUUUCUGAGAUUAAUUGGCGUUUAACUGGGUUGAUCAUCCCUCUCGUUUUGUUCCUCAUGUUCUUCUCUCUCCAUUACUCCUACACUUCAAACGGUUUUAACGCCUUUUACCCCGUUCAGUUACUUCUCCACCUCCCUUUCGCCAGAGACAACGACCAGGUUUCGAAUAAGGAGGAGUUGUUGCGCUCGAAAAUUGCUGUGUGUUUGGUUGGUGGCGCUCGGAGGUUCGAACUCACGGGACCCUCCAUAAUUGAAAAUAUCCUGAAAGAGUACCCCAAUUCGGAUCUUUUUCUGAGCAGUCCGUUGGACUCAGACACGUUCAAAUUCUCGCUCUUGAAGUUUGCGCCACACGUAGCCGCCGUUCGAAUCAUCCAACCGCAACCGUUGCCGGAGAACGAAUCUUAUGCUCGAGUCCUCACUCCCCAUAACUCGCCCAACGGCAUCCAGGGGCUUCUUCAGUACUUUAACCUCGUGGAGGGAUGCUUAACAAUGAUAAAAUCACACCAAAAGAAGAACAACUUCAUGUACGACUGGGUAGUUCGAACACGUGUAGACGGGUACUGGAACGCACCGUUGGGCCCACAAAACUUCGUUCCGGGGAAGUACCUGGUCCCACCGGGAUCCUCGUACGGGGGACUAAACGACCGUUUAGGAAUCGGCGACCUCACAACCUCCACGGUCGCACUGUCGCGUCUCUCGUUAAUUCCGCACCUCGAUUCCGCGGGCUUCACCAACCUCAACUCCGAAGCAGCCUUCAAGGCCCAACUCACGACGCAGAAUGUGAGCUAUGUAGCGAAUCGACUCCCCUUCUGCGUCGUUUCGGACCGCCGCUACGAUUUCCCGCCGGGACAGUUUGGCGUGCCCGUGGCAGCGCUGUCGAGCCCAGGGCCGCUGAGUGGCGCGAAAUGUAGGCCGUGCACGGUGGUGUGCGAGGGUCUCUGCGUGGAGAGCGUGAUGGAGUCGGUGGAGAAGGAGUGGAGUUGGACGGAUUGGGAGAACGGUGCGCUUUCGCUCUGCGAUGCUCACAAAGAGUGGGAAAGUGGUUGGGAGAAGAUUUUCGAUCAGGUUGCGGGAAAGAAACAUGCCAAUGCUAGAAAGCGAAUUGAGCGUAUGAAAAUUGGAGAGUGCGUUAGGGAUUUUGAUGAGCUGAGAAAAAAGAGUGCGUAUUGGAGUGCUCCUCCUGGUGAUGAGAUUUGUACCUUGGGUUUGAGUCCACCUUAA